AUGUUCUUGCUGGGCAUAAUUUCUGCAUUGGCUAUCAUCGAAUUUAGAUCCCAAAAUCCUGCGAAUGGUAGCUACGAAACCGGGUUCCAAGAAGAGAAGCUCUUACCACCCAGCUCUGUUGAGCUUGAGCAAGUCCAGUUCAAGCUACCCGUGGACUUUGCACCAAAUGGAGAUGAGUUCCUCGUCGCUCAGCCCGGCGAUAAAUCUUACAUCGGUACAACUGCAGAUGUCGAUGCUGCUUGGAAGAAACUCCUAUGGGGAAGAUACUUCUCGAUUUCUGAGACCGAGGCGAAGGAAUUAUGGGGAGAUGAAUACUCAGAGUAUUGGGACCACCACAGGAGCGGCUACACGGCAGGGUUUGAUAUGUUCCAUCAACUGCAUUGCCUGAACCAAAUCAGACAAGCCUUACACCGCGACGUCUAUCCGGAAACCCCCCUUCACGGACCCGUCUACACCGACCACUGCUUGGACCAACUGCGCCAGUCGAUAAUGUGUUGGGGCAGUACAGCUGUCGUCCCGUUAAAGUAUUUCAAGGGGUACGGCAGUGAAUACGUGAAGACGGAUGCGGUUCAUACGUGUCGGAAGUUUGAGCCAAUCCGGGAUUUCGUUUCUGAGAGAUUCAAUGGGAGCCUCUCUGUCCCACGGCCUAGUGGAUGGAUUGAUACUUCGGACAAUGCCUUCUAA